CACUGCAAAAAACUCGGCACAUUUUCCCCGUGCAACAAUUGAAAUUGCCAUCACGAGGCAAGGGUUCCGUUCAUGCCUGACUCUCCUACCAUGGAAACGCAAUGGCUACAUCUAUAAUGCCCGCGUCGAAAGCGGCCGCAACUGCCCCCUUGGUAGACGGAGUCUUCGCCUCAGUCUUCUCACCUUCGAUCGUCAAGCCACCCAAGCACCGUCGCCGUUUCGCCCCGCGGACUCUUGCAACCAUUCCGGAGAUACAGACUACCUUACGCCAGCACCUGAGAGUCCUUCUGGGAAUCGGUGACGAAUCGUUCGUCUAUGGCCAGCACCGAGUGUUCUCGAAUGCUGGCGCGCCCUUUCACAGUCACCUCGAAUCCUGUCCGCCGCUCGAUCAGCUCCGGCAGCCGACAGCGACCGACCAUGCUACGCAGAUUAACAAGGAGGCAGAGUCUCCCAUUUGGGGAAUGCUAGGUGGGUGGCGCACGACAGUCGGUUCUGAGACACUGAUAAAGCUACUGGCGUCGGUUCUCAAUGAUCUGAUGACCGAGUUUGUGACCUGGUCCUACGCCGGGAUCUACCGUCAAGGGCUGCAUCUUCACCUCGAGUUCUGGGUAGAACAUCUGUUUUCCAGAGUUGCACGUAAGGUGCUCUGCUGCCUUGACGAGCAGUUGGAAACACAGAUUCUCCCGGAGACAGAGGUGAAGAAAUGGAAGGACAUGGCCACCGCCCGUCUCGGCGCUCUGCGGGUAGACGAGCUCUUCGAAGUAAUUGUGGACUGGGACGCCACGGCACCAGCAAUCGAGGACUUGCGGCACUUCACAACAAACCCUACUACAAGAGGAUACUUGACGCACAACUUUGUAAACGUCCUGCAAGCACGUCUUCUCCAUCCUGGCGCAUCAACAAUCGAGAUUCUACAAUUUUACAUUUCCAUUAUCCGCUCAUUUCGGAUCCUCGACCCACGAGGAGUCCUUCUGGACCGUGUGAUCAGGAGAGUCCGUCGCUACCUCCGAGAGCGAGACGACACUGUCAAGGUGAUUGUGACUGGGCUGCUGGCUGACAUUUCGCCGAACGAGGAUGGACAGCCUCCACCAUCCGACCCAGACAUCCUCACAGAACUUGCUCAUGAACUGACCAGUCAUACCGUGCGAGACAAUACAGCCGAUGACGGUGAAUUUGACUGGAACAAUAUGGACUGGGUCCCCGACCCUAUCGACGCUGCCCCCGACUACACGAAAUCCAAUAAAACCACGGACGUAAUCGGCAGCCUCGUCACAUUGUUCGAAACGAAGGACGUCUUUGUCAAGGAACUCCAAUCCGCCAUGGCAGAGAGGCUGCUCAAGAAUAAAGCCGACUUCACCCAGGAGAUCGGGGUGCUGGAGCACUUGAAAAUCCGUUUCGGGGACUCUGCGCUGCAAGGGUGCGAAGUGAUGUUGAGGGACGUUCUGGACUCGAAGAAAGUGGACAAAGUAAUCAGGAGGGAUUUGGAAGUACAACAGGCCAAGAAAGGACGUGCCGCCAGGCAGAGCGAUGAUAGUGUCGAGAUCCACGCAAAGAUCCUCUCCCGCCUGUUCUGGCCAGCCAUGCCGGAACAGUCAUUUAAUGUUCCUCCGGUGGUGACGGAGCAGCAAAGAAACUAUGAACAGGGAUUUGGAGCUCUCAAGCAGUCGCGAAAGCUGACCUGGGUCAAUUCCAUUGGCCAGGUGGAAGUGGAAUUGGAGCUGGAGGACCGUACCUACCACGACGAGGUCCUUCCGUGGCAAGCGGCUGUCAUUUAUGCCUUUCAGGAUGACAGUGGAGAAGCAGCAGGGCGGCCUGUCAACAAGACGGUGGCGGAGCUUGCCUCUGAGCUUGCAAUGUCCCCAACCCUCGUCCGCUCGGCAUGCAUAUUUUGGGUUUCGAGGCGCAUCCUCGCUGAAACCUCGCCGAGCACUUUCUCCGUUCUUGAAUGUCUCCCCAGUGGGACCUACGACGACAACGACACGCUGAUGAGCGAAGGUGGUCCGUCCGCCAACCAACAAUCGGACAGUGGAUUGGCAGCUGCGGAAGCAGCCGCCUUCGCCGCCGCGACGAGGGAGGCUGAAGAAGCAGAACGCAAGCAGAAGAUGGCCAUGUAUCAUCGAUUCAUUGUAUCCAUGCUCACGAACCAAGGCGCCAUGCCGCUGGCGAGGAUUUCGAUGAUGUUGUCCAUUGUGGUCCCGGGGGGGUUCCCCUUUAGUAACGAGGAGCUGAAAGAGUUUCUGGCGUCCAUGGUGAAGGAAGAUGUAUUGGAAGUUGGCAAAUCGGGUGUUUACAAGGUCGCAAGCUGAGAGCUGGAGCAAUGACGAUGAUGACCAAUGAUGAUGAAUUUGACGACGACGACUGGGUGUUCAAGUUGGACCUCAUGGGAGACGGUAAUAGAACUAGACUGUGAGCAGUACAAGAGAAUGUAAUUCCUGCGGCCAUCGUUCGGGCAUCUGGUGAUGAUACGAGAACUGAAUAGCUGUUGGUUGUACCUAUAGUGGAUGCACUCAAGAAGACCUUGAGGUGAUGACGAGCCAUAGAGUCAGUAGGAGUGCAUGCGAUAUCAUGGGAGAAACAGGAGGAACAGAAGUCGGUAUUGUUUACAUUCUCCCUGCGCGGGUCUCGUUUGAACAAGACAAGCAA